AUGGACAAGGCCGCAGCGAAUGGCUCUUUGAAUGUUGUGCAGUGGCUACAUCAAAAUAGACAAGAGGGCUGUUCGACUGACGCGAUGGAUGCUGCAGCAACGGGUGGGCACUUGGAAAUGGUCAAAUGGCUACAUAACGAACGCUCAGAAGGAUGUACAUCGGCUGCUAUGGAUGGCGCUGCUACAAAUGGACAUCUCGAGGUGGUCAAGUGGCUUCACAACAAUGUAAACGUUGGUUGCACGACUGAAGCUAUGGAUAGAGCAGCUGCAAAUGGUCACCUUGGUAUCGCUAAGUGGCUUCAUUCCAAUCGCUCGGAGGGAUGCACGACCAAGGCGAUGGAUAGUGCUGCUGCUCGGGGCUCGUUGGGUAUCGUCAAGCGGUUGCACAGCAAUCGAGAUGAGGGCUGCACCCCAGUAGCAUUGGCUUGUGCAGUACGAGAAAGGAAACGCCACCUGAAAGUUGCACAGUGGUGGAACUGA